CAAGAAUUUGUACGGCGACGAUUUGGAACUCGCCUUUGGUUGUAAAAAAGAAACUGGGCCUAUUCCUCCCAGAUAUAUUUGACGCCCAUCCAAUACAGCUCCUCUGCUCCUUACUGACAUAUCAUUUUUGUGACUUCCGUUUAACAAAACAGCAACUAUGAGCUACAAGGCCAAGACAGUGGUGUCGGCUCGCCGUGACCAGAAGAAGGGGCGUGGAGCUGGUUUGACGGAAGAGCAGAAGCAGGAAAUCCGCGAGGCCUUUGACCUCUUCGAUACCGAUGGCAGCGGGACCAUCGAUGCCAAGGAGUUGAAGGUUGCUAUGCGGGCACUAGGCUUCGAGCCCAAGAAGGAGGAGAUUAAGAAGAUGAUUUCAGACAUCGACAAGGACGGCUCGGGGACAAUCGACUUCGAGGAGUUCCUCCAGAUGAUGACCGCCAAGAUGGGCGAGCGCGACUCACGGGAGGAGAUCCUUAAGGCCUUCCGCCUCUUUGACGACGAUGGGUCAGGGACUAUCACCCUCAAGGACCUCCGCCGUGUGGCCAAGGAGCUCGGCGAGAACCUGACAGACGAGGAGCUCCAAGAGAUGAUUGACGAGGCCGACCGGGAUGGCGAUGGCGAGAUCAACGAGGACGAGUUCAUCCGGAUCAUGAAGAAGACCUCCCUCUUCUAAGCGUCGUGGCCCAUAUUGUCAAACUUGAACUUUAGCUGGGCGCGCGGCGUGCUCAGAUCUGCUGCUAGUGCGCGCGGCCUGUACGUGCUAUGCACGCAGAUGAAUGUACAGCGUGACAGACAUCUUGAGUGACUUCUAGGUACGGCCCUGUGCCGUUCAUGCUCGACCAUACGUCGGUUAGCGCUGCAUUGGCCUUAGUAAGGCAACGCAGUAUAGCUUGGGUCAUUUACCCUGUUUAUAAAUCCGGGCUUGCCUUGGGUGAGCACCAGUGUACUCUUGCACAUAGCUGACUCUUGCCUACCAACCGCUGGACUAGAGCGGCCAGGAUGCAAUGUCAUGCAUGCUGGUCUAGAUUCCGUGGGGAUAUCGGUGCUAUUACAGACAUUUCCAUGCGCCGUAUCCUACAACAUGUAACGAUGAUGGACAUUAAA